AUGGCGUGGUACUCCAUUCUCCCGCCGCAGCUCAUUCAGUUUGAGAGCUGGGCAGUGCGGAUUUUCUUCCUGCUCGGCCUCAUCACCAUCGUCCCCUGGGCAGCCCUCAUCGUCUUCGACGUUGGCCUUUACCUCUACCGCAUGAUUCUCUGGGAACUCCCUUGGAUCGGAGGACGCGCACGCGGUCAACAGCGGCCCCGCCCACCGAGCUUGCAGGAACGACCGGGUGGACAACGACGGGCAUUUGGGCUGCGCAGCGUCGAGACAGAUGCUGGGGAUAGUGACUUUGGCAAGUCAGGGAACGCACCGAGCAGCAAAUCCACUAGGAGAGAACAAGAUUCUGAGAGGGAGAAUAUGGAUCCUGCUGCCGAUGGAGACGUAAAGCGCCGAGUGACCGGACGAGCUUGA